GUGGACUAGGCCUAUAAUUUGUUGCAGACAGAGAGUGAAAAUGGAGUGGGAUCUCUAUUGUUGACUUUUUACUCAUCUGUUCUGCAGCAAAAACAUUCUUUCUGACCCCCUUGGCCAGACCGUAGAGGUUGAGCGACGAGAGAGGACGUGGUCAUUUAGAUCGAUGGGCCAUUACCUCCAGGAGCCAUUUUGGAUUUGUCAUAUUGCGUUUCAAAGCGUUCUCCCCUGAGAGAUGGUACAGGUUCCCAGCGAAAGAAAGAAGAAUUGGGUGAGAGAUACAGAGGGUAGCGAGAGAGCCCGAAAGAGGGAAGGGAUGAGAGUGGGAGGGCAGAUUUUGUGGUAGAGAGAGGGAGGUUGAGAGAAAGGUGGAAUGAGAGAGAGGCUGCUGGGGAGGCAGCAGGAGAAAAUCUAAUUAGUCUCCCUGCUCUGCCUGCCAUAGAGACAGAAAUAAAGCAUUAAUCUUUACCCUAGUCUGCAGGUGACAGAAACACACCAGCACUCAAGUGAAGAGAGGGAUAGUGGUGGUGUAGGAAGAGAGGUGGGGGAGAGUAUGCCUUUAGAGGUGGUAUAUAGAGAGCAGGGGGAGGAGAGGAGUAGAUCAGGGGAAGAGCGGGAGGAGAGAAUGAUGGUUAUGGAGAGGAGGAAGUAGAGUAGAGAAGUGGGAUAUCUGCAGGUGACUCUGGGAUUCUGCCGCAUCGUGUCACACGGACUUAGAUCACCAGAAAGACUCCUCUACCCAUAAUGCCUCAGUCAGUCCUGCAUACCAAUCAUUCUCUAGUAUCAACCCAAUGCGAUAUGGAUUUUGCUUAACUUUGGCCCGGUAUGGGCUAAUUAUAGUGGAGGUCACCAACCUGACUACAGCCAGUCGUUGACAGAGCAGUGAGCUAAACAUCAGCACGGCUCUAGACGGCAGGUCCGACUGUCUCAUGUUCCUACUGGGUGUUUACAUGAUCUGACCGGGACGCGUUGCACUUCUGUUUUGUCAACAGAGAUUAUGAAACUGGGGCUGGCUGGCUGGCUGGUUGGGCAACAGCCGCCGCUGUCUGUAUCGCCUAGCCUCACAACUCCCUCCCCUCGCUCACCACACAACCACCUCCCCAUCCCCCGCCUGCCCGCCCGCCUCCCUGCUUGCCCACGCUCUCGCACCCGAAAAAGAACAAGGAGAGAGACUUUUAUCUGACACAGGAAGCCUGAGUCUGUCUGCCUCUCCCAGCGUUAUAUUGUACAUUUUAGUCAUUUAGCAGACGGGUGGAACAACCACGUCACAGUCAUAGUGCUGAUAUGUGUACACGAUGAGCGGACUGGGGGACAACUCCAUGGAGCCUCUGAGCUCGGAAAACCGAAAACGCAAGCUCUCCACCUGCGACACGCCCAGUCUGGGGUGUGAGCGAAGGCGGCGGGAGCAGGAGAGUAAAUACAUUGAGGAGCUGGCCGAACUGAUCUCUGCCAAUCUCAGUGACAUCGACAGCUUCAACGUCAAGCCAGACAAGUGUGCUAUCCUCAAGGAGACUGUGCGCCAGAUCAGACAGAUCAAGGAGCAGGGCAAAGCGUCCUCCAACGAUGACGAUGUUCAGAAGUCAGACGUGUCCUCCACGGGACAGGGGGUCAUCGACAAGGACCACCUGGGGCCGCUUCUGCUGCAGGCCCUGGAUGGCUUCCUGUUUGUGGUGAACCGGGAGGGCAGCAUCGUGUUUGUGUCUGACAACGUGACCCAGUACCUGCAGUACAAACAGGAGGAGCUCAUCAACACCUCCGCCUACAACAUCCUCCAUGAGGACGACAGGGAGGAGUUCCACAAGAACCUGCCCAAGACCAACGUGAAUGGGGUGUCCUGGGGGGGGGAGGCGCCCCGGCAGAAGAGCCACACCUUCAACUGCCGCAUGCUGGUCAAGUUUGGCACCACCCACGGGCCUGUAGAGGAGGGGCAUGGAGGACCGCACUACGAGACCAUGCAAUGCUUCGCCCUGACCCAGCCCAAGGCCAUGAUCGAAGACGGGGAAGACCUGCAGUCGUGUAUGAUCUGUGUGGCCCGUCGUGUGACUGCUGUGGAGAGAACCGAGAGCUUCAACACCCGACACGAGCUUACAGGUAAGCUGAUCCAGAUAGACCAGAACUCUCUGCGUGCGUCGAUGCGUCCUGGCUGGGAGGAUCUGCUGAGGCGCUGUAUCCAGAUGUUCCUACAGCACAGCGACGGACAGCCCUGGUCCCACAAACGCCACUACCACGAGGCCUUCCUGCAGGGUCACGCCGAGACCCCCCUGUACCGCUUCUCCCUGUCAGACGGCACCCCUGUCACGGCCCAGACCAAGAGCAAGCUGUACCGCCACCCCAUGAGCAAUGAACCCCAGGGCUUCAUCUCCACUCACCUGCUACAGAGGGAGCAGAAUGGCUAUCGCUCUGCCCAGACUGGGGGCAUGAUGCCUGGGCCUAUGAGGCAGCAGGGCAUGGGGGGCCCCAACCCCAACGCCCAGAUGAACAUGCCCCCUGGCGCAGGGAUGGGGAUGGGGGGUAUGAACCGGGGCUAUGGGCCCAUGAAUGAACAGAGCCACAUGGGACAGAUGGGAGGGGUCUCAAUGUAUGGAGGAAAUGGAGGUGGGGGUGGGGGUGGCGGUGGAGGCAUGGGCAACAGAAUGAUGCAGAUGAAUCAGAUGAAUCAAAUAAACCAUAUGGGCCAGAUGAACCAAAUGAAUCAGAUGGGUCAUCAGAUGAACCACCCAGGUCCAGGGAACCACCCAGGUCCAGGGAACCACCCAGGCAUGCAGCAUCCCCAGCACCCACAGCAGCACCCCUUCCAGAGCAGUGGGGGGUACGGACUUGGGGGUAUGAGCAGCCCCUUGGGGAGCCCCCGGAUGAGUGGCCCCCAGCAGGGGUUCCUGAUGUCCCCCCGAAAUCGAGGCAGCCCCAAGAUGGGCGCCAGUCAGUUCUCUCCUGGAGGCAUGCACUCCCCCAUAGGCCCUCAUGGAGGAGGAGGUGCGGGAGGAGGUGGCUCCUCCUUUUCCAGCAGCUCCCUCAACGCCCUCCAGGCCAUCAGCGAGGGGGUCGGGAGCUCCCUCCCUUCGACCCUCGCCUCCCCCUCCCCGGCCCACAAACCAGACAGCUCCCCCAGCGUCCACUCCUCCUCUCAGUCCUCCCAGCCAAGCCAGCCGGCCAAACCAGGCCCGGACGGCUCCAAAAGCCCACCUGGGCCCGGCGAGCACCACCACCCCCUCCACCACCACCACCACCACCACCCACACCCACACACCCAGGCAGAGGGCUGCGGAGACAGGUUGGACAGCCAGGCCAUGGCAGGCAGCAAGGAGCCUGGAGAGGGGGCCAGCGAGGCUGGGGUGGCCAGUUCAGAACCCACCCGGAGAGUCCCAGACAGUAAGGGCCAUAAGAAGCUGCUGCAGCUGCUGACCUCCCCCACUGAGGAGCUGGGGUUAGGGGGAACUGGUCCGGCCUUGCCCUCUAUACCUCCCCCACCAGGCAGCAGCAACAUCCCAGCAGGGUCCGACACUAAGGACCCCACAGGAGGCAUGACCAGUCCUUCCUCUACCGGAGUCUCCUCCUCUUCCUCGGCCUCCACCAUUCAGGGCCCGGCGUCAGGCCCAGGUGGCGCUGCUCUGGCCAAUGCUCUGGCCUCGGCCCACUACACGGCAUCGCUGCAGGAGAAGCACAAGAUCCUCCACAAGCUGCUGCAGAACAGCAACACGCCCGACGAGGUGGCCAAGAUCACAGCCGAGGCAACUGGGAAGGUGACACUGGGGGACCAGGAGGUUCCAGGGGAGACGGGGGCUGCGGGAGGAGGAGCAGGAGGAGUGACUGAGCCCAAGCAGGAGCAGCACAGCCCCAAGAAGGAGAAGACCCACGCACUCCUCCACUACCUCCUCAACAAGGACGACACUAAAGAGCCCGUGGACGUGAAGCCCAAGCCUGAGGAGCUGGAAGGAAAGGGCCCCCCAGGAGCCACUGCCGGUCCCCCAUCCAGAGGCCCUGGACCCACCCCUGAACAUCCAGAAAGCAAGAUCAAGUCAGAGCCACCUGAUGAGUUGGAGAACCUGGAGUCCAUCCUGGGAGGUCUGAGGGGUUCUGGCUCGGAGUUCUACCCCGAGCAGGGAGGAGGAGGGGGAGGAGGAGGAGGAGGAGGAGGAGGAGGAGGAGGAGGGGCUAAUGAAGGAGGGAACAAGGCCCAGGGUUGCCUCGAUGACAACCUGCAAGGGAGUCCGGGGAUGGCCCCUGGCCAACGAGGCCUCUUUCAGAGGGCCAUGUCAGUGGACGCCAAGCCCCCCGGCGGUCCUGGAGGGGCGGGGAGGCGCCCCAUGCUCAUCAAACAGGAGAAUAUGUUGAGCAGCCCAGACGGAUACCCAGGGAACAUGGGUGUGUGUCCGCGAGGCGUUGGAACAAGGCCGAUGAACAGGGGCAUGGGGGUUCCCCAGCGCUCUCCCAUGGGGGGGUCAGGGGAUUGGGGGAUGCCCCGCUCCAGCGCCAGCCCCGUGGGCUCAGCCGGUCACCCUUCUAUGAUCCGCCCUGGCAUGGACUACAACUCCAAAGGCAUGAUGGGAGGGCCCAUGGUGGCCAGAUCCAACAGUGUUCCUGGCACCAGAUCCAUGCUGCAGCAACAGCUGAUGGACUUGGGAUGUUCUGGUGAGAUGGGGAUGAGUCCGUUCAGUCAGCAGGGCCAGCCCAACCAGUCUCCCUCCUGGCCUGACAGUGUGAUAGGCAUGGAGGGCAACCACAACAGGCGUCAGUUUGGGAACGCCCUGGACGAGCUCCUUGCUCCGCCCACCACCAGCGAGGGCCAGAGUGACGAGCGGGCGCUGCUGGACCAGCUGGACUCUCUGCUCAACAACACGGACGGCAUAGCCCUGGAGGAGAUCGACCGGGCCCUGGGCAUCCCCGACUUGGUCAGCCAGGGCCAGGGUCCAGAGCAGCACGGUGAGCCCUUCCCCGGCCAGGACCCCUCCAUGGUGCUGGAGCAGAAGCCUCUGUACGGCCAGGGCUACCCCGGCCCCCCCUCCAUGGCCAUGCAGUCAGCCUACGGGGGGAGCCCCAUGCAGGGCCAGCUCCAACAGGGGAGCUUUGGCCCCAUGCUCUCCCAGAUGGGCCAGGGGGGCAGCUUCACGGGGAUGGGGGGUAUGGGUCACCCUCGCGCCAACAUGAUGAGACCCAGGAUGAUGAGCGCCACCAAACCUAUGAGGCUCCAGCUGCAACAGAGAUUACAGGGCCAACAGUUUAUGAGUCAGACUCGGCAGGGGAUGGCCAUGAAGAUGGAGAACCCUGGAGCGGGUAACCCCGGAAUGAGGCCGGGCAUGCAGCCUGGCAUGGGGGGACAGCCUGGCUUCCUGAAUGCCCAGAUGAUGGCCCAGCGUAGCAGGGAGAUGGUGACCAUGCAGAUGAGGAGACAGAGGAUGAUGAUGCUCAUGCAGCAGCAACAGCAGCAGGCAGCAGCGGCCGCCGCCGGGGGGUUCAGCCCCCCUCCCAACGUCACCGCCCCCGCCGGCAUGGACACCCCCAUGGGAGGCCCCAACAUGGGCCAGCCGGGCCCCCAACAGUUUGGCUACGGGGGAAACUACGGUAUGACCCAGCAGGGUGACCCGUCGUUCGGCCCUGCGGGCGGCAGCCCCCCCAACACUAUGAUGCCAGGCCGCCUGGGUCCUCAGAAUCCCAUGAUGCAGCAGCAUCCCCAGGGCGGACCCAUGUACCAGAGUGCCGAGAUGAAGGGCUGGCCGCAGGGCGGCAUGGCCCGCAACAGUACGUACACCCAGCAGCAGUUUGCCCAACAGGGUAACCCAGGACAACAGCAGUUUGCCCAACAGGGUAACCCGGGGCAACAGCAGUUUGCCCAACAGGGUAACCCGGGGCAGCAGCAGUUUGCCCAACAGGGUAACCCGGGGCAAUACGGGGGCAUUAUGAUAAACGGGGGCAUGCCUGCCAACGGAGGAGGGGGCCAGAUGGGGGGCCAGAUGGGGAUAAACCCCAUGGUGAUGGGACGUAUGCCGAUGGGGCCUGAUCAGAAAUAUUGCUGAACCUGAGACCGAGGCGUGUGGUGGAACAGAAACGGACUCAAUGUGAUCCCUUUCAGAGAGAGGAGUGCAGUGCUCAGUGUGUGCCGGACCAAACGUGCGUGUACGUGUGAGUGGUAUUCUACUCCCACCAGUUGGGGGUGCUGUUCCUCUGAACUCAAGGACAGUCUCACAAAACAAGACCGAGGACACACUCUAUUCUACAUGCACUUACAUGAGACACGCCAUGACCCACCAACACACACACACACACACACACACACACACACUCAAAAACAGUCAUGUAUGUAAAGCAGAGACGCACUGUGACACACACACACACACACACACAGAUACACAACUGUUUCAUUCCUCCAUCAGUCUUUAGUGAUGUAGUUUCAUUAGUCCUCUCUCUGGGUUGUAUGUCUCUGUCCUGGACACACGCCAGUCGCUGGACCAAACAGACUGAAGCGGGGACGCCCAACUAAUAAUGAUCUGGCUCUGACAGAACGGCCGGACAUGAGAAGACAUCCUCUCGUGGGAUGUAACUGACGUCAUGCUGUGUUCACCUCUGGGCAUGGGAAUUCUCUCUCUGCUUCGGAACACUGGAGGAAGACAGUCCUGAAGGACCACUGUGUAUGCAGGCAUUGCAUCCCAUCCGGUCUCUGAAUCCACUCUUAAUGAAUGACAUAAUACAUAUGAUGUAGUCCCAUUGCUGGAGAAGGUGGGAGUUGCUUGUGAUGACUGACACAGGGUCAGCUAUUUUCACAUCCCCCUAAUAGUUGAGAUUAGGGACCCUGAUCCUAGAUCUGUGGUCAUGGGCAACUUCUACCUCUAUAAGCUAAAUUACUAUACUGAUGAGCAGGCCUAUAGUCAAUGAAACAACUCAGAAGUAAGUAAUUGAGAGUCAGUAUACAUACACAGUGGUCCUGCAGGAGACUGGGUUAAGGUACGACAGAAAGAAAUACUAGUUGGCUGUGAUUGCACUUUACGGAAAGGCUGUCGUCAAAAGGAUUGUGGAAAUAUUUCUUGGUCAUAGAGGCCUUUACCCAAGAAUGAAUGCAUAACAGAAAAUCUUGUUUUGCUUUUGUGUUGUGUCGGAGGAUGGGGACUAUUUUGAUUGGAAAUGGAUUACCGUGACGAUCAUUAUUCUAAAUGGUUAACCAAUUGAAAGGCAGUAAGCACAGAUUUUAUAGAACACUUUCUUCUGCAGUGUGUUGAUUAUGGGGAAGUUAGUGGAUUGAAAAGGUUCUGAUUAUUAAAGUAGAUCCUUAAAAUGUGCUGACCUAUUUCAGAGGGCACAAUUACCCUCAUAUUUAUACAACUAUUCAUAAAUGACCAUGUAAAAAAAUAAAACAAUGAGUAUAUUGUAUUUUUAAGGAGGAAUUCGUAAGGUUUACGUUCUUGGUUACCUCAUGGAACACUUGAUAGCAAUUUUUGCCAGUUAUUGAAUGAGUUAAUUCCUAAAGUAAUCCACACACUGUGAAAGAAAGGGUGUCCCUGAUUUUAGUGUAUGUUUAUGCAGAUUUCUAGCAAUAAUUUUUUCUCUUGGUUCUCCUGUGAGGGCAAAGUGAAGCAUCAUUUCCUCAAAGUGAAAGCGAUGGUACUCCAGUAUUAGGAUGCGACUCGUCUCGUUUGGAAUUUUUUAAUUUUGUCUGUGAAUAUAAAUUGUAUAUACGUUUCAAAUGUAUUAUAUAUAUAUAAAUAUAUGCUUUUGUAGGUCACAUACUGUUUUUGCACAGAUUGUCAGGCUCGAUAUUUAAAGUAUAAUUUUCUUAUUAUGUCGUAGGUCAAAACAUGGACGAAAAGCAAGGGGCUAUUUCUUUGAUCAAUACUGAAAUACUUUGGCUCGAUUUCUCUCAGAAAGCUACAACUGCCACUUUUGUUCUCUUAGAAAACACUUUUUUUUAAUUUGUGAUCUAUAAAUCGUACAUUUCUCUUUUGCAAAGACAUUGCGUAUAUUUAGAGAUGCUUGUGUGAUCCUGUCAUUUUCUAUCAAUAGAUUUAAAAAAACAAUUUUUUUAAAGAGCAAUCAAACACACAAUGCCUAAAAGAGGUUUCAUGUGAUUGUGUUAGACUUAUGAGGGUCCAUGUAUCUUACCAGUGUGUGGAUUGAUAUUUUUAGAUAGGGCCCUAUGAGUCCCAUGGCUCUAGUUCUCAGGCUCCCGAGUGGCGCAGUGGUCUGCAUCUCAUUGCAAAAGGUGUCAUUGCAGUACCUGGUUCAAAUCCAGGCUGCGUCACAUCCGGUUGUGAUUGGGAGUACCAUAGGGUGGCGCACAAUUGGCCCAGCGUCGUCCAGGUAGGCCGUCAUUGUAAAUAAGAGUUUUUCUUAACUGACUUGCCUAGUUACAUAAAGGUUGAAUUAAAAAUUGUAUUUAAAAAAUAGUUCCAUUCCUUAUAAUUCCAUACUCUAUAAUUGGCCAGGCUACUUAACAGCGACUAUGUGUUCACAGGUAUGCUAUUAUAGACAACCCAGAAUCAUUACAAUAUCAAGACUGCUUUUCUAGUUUUCUCCCCUUCCGUUGGGCACAGAUGCUGGUUUGUGGUGGUCAGUUUUUACUGUAUGUGGGCUUUUGAGUUACAGUCUUGAUCACUGCGGUUAGUUAUAUUUGUGGCUUCGCUUUUUCAUUAGGAAGAGUCGGCUCAUGUUGAGGGAGGCUGUACACAAGAGGGUUAUUUGGAUUCCCUCCCUCCCUCCCUCCCUCCCUCCCUCCCUCCCUCUCUCUCUCUCUCUCUCUCUGGUUUGAAGGUUAUUUUGGGACAUUUUACAUAGUUUUAUGUUGAACCUUGAUUUUGCAUUGACAUUGUAGUAUUUUCUGUGAAGCUUUGUGAGAAAAUCUUUUAAGACGUGCUCAAUCCAAAGAUUUUUGUUUUGUCAUUCUGCAGUGCUUAGAAACCAGUUGUAGAUGGUGCAAGUACUCUACUGGUGUGAGCAUUUCUCUGCCGCACAACCUACAUGUAAUCUGUUUUGUGUGUGUCUAUUCCCAUUCAUACACAACAUAGAGUUAACAUGGGUCUGAUUCUGCUGAAGUGAUUUUAAUCUUGUUUGUAAUUGUAGUCGUUUUAUUUUCUUGAUUUUUAUCUCUUGUAAUGUACGGCCAGUUCAAAGUUGUGGUGCUGGAAGCAGUUCUUUCAUGAGAUUGACCACUCAGAAAGGAAGCUAUUUUAGUGGCACUAACCUGAGGUAGAAGACUGCCGUCUGACGAUAAGAGACUAUCCCAUGGAGUCUAAACUAUUUACAAUGGCUUCAAUGCUGAAGACGGCUAUCUUAUCUUUUAACACAAUGGAGAGUGUCUUUACGCUGUUUUAUGGAAACUUCAUUACAUCAUGGAAUAGCCUAGAACGAUUUUUUUGUUUUGUUUCAGUCUUGAUGAAGUAUAUUAAAAAAGAUUUGCCUACUGAAUAUUCAAAAUAACUGUUUUCUGUGCUUUUGCUUAAAAAAAAAGAUUCCUCUUGAUGUAUCUACCCUUUGAUUUAAAUGGAAAGAGGGGGGAAUAAAAUAUCACUUGGGGGGGAUAUACAGUCAUAAUUUCAGGAUGUAAAUUACUGUCGCAUUUUUUCUUACUUCUUUCUUGAUGUUAAUAUUGAUGUAAAUACAAAUUUCUAUUUAAACAUUA